UUUACGCCGCUCAACGGACGCAUGUUUGUAGUAGUGAGAGCACUCAUGGCUGAAGCUAACAGAGAUUAGCUUAUUGGUUAGUUAGUGUGGUCGGUGUUGGAUCCGAGGGCCGGGUGGAGCUCUGAAGGCUCGGUAUUGGUGAGGUCACUGGCGGCCCUGGUUCCCAGUUCGGUGUUGGACCAACAUGUUUAGCUGCGGCCGGUUCGCCCUUCAGGUUCUGCUCAGACAGCCCGCGGUCAGGAGCUUCUCCCUGACUCCUGCUCAGCACACGGUUAUAGUGGAGCGAUGGUGGCAGGUCCCUUUGUCCAAAGAGGGCAGUCCGCCGAGGCUUUACCCCCGAAGACACAGAGUCUACAAGCUAGUCGAGGAUACUAAACAUGCUCCCAAGGAGAAGAUGGAGCUCAUUCUCACCCAAACUGUAGAAAAACUCGGUGGGAGAGGCGAUACUGUAUUUGUGAAGAAGUCCAUCGGGCGAAAUAGGCUGCUGGCCCAAGGCCUCGCCGUUUAUCCAUCACCGGAGAAUAAACAGAUGUUUGCUGAGGAGCUGAGACUUCUGCGUGAGGGACAACCAGAACAGAGAUUACAAACCAGAACAGGACAACUGACAGUUGAGCUCCUUAAGCGAUCCAAGCUAAAAAUCAUCAAAACGCUGUCUGACGACUUCCAGCUCACUAAAGAAGUCGUCUGCAGACAGUUUGAAAAGAAGCUGGGAAUUGUUGUUCCGCCUCAUGCGUUGAGUCUGCCGUUUGAGCCAAUAAAGGAACUGGGAGAGUACUGGUGUGAUAUUACAGUUAAUGGGAUGGACACCGUUCGCAUUCCCAUCUCCCUGUUGCCGUACGAAGAUCAGUCCGCGGUCCACAAGAAGCAGCUGCGGGCGCAACGGAAGCUGCUGGCGGCCGAACGCGACUCGCAGGCUGACGCCGAGGAGGACGACGCCAUUUUAACGGCCGUUUCUGAAGCACAGGAAGCGGAACACGGUAAAGACUCAACAACCGUCCAAACCCAGCAGGGAUCAACGUCACCGCCGACUGGAAACUCUGAUCAAAAGUAAAGGACUAACAAAUAUUUUAGAAAUAUCAAGCUGAUGGUUUUUAUUUCGCUAAACAAAAAUACAACAUGUAGGAAUAAAUCUUUAUCUCACUUUGGAAUCAGUAAGUUUGUUCUUCAUUAUGGAAAAUAAAAGCUUACUAUUUA